CUCAGAUUGUCUCGAAUUCCUCUUUCGAUCGCAAUGGCCUCUUUCGUACGAUCACUCAGGCCGCUGGCAAGGGCUGCGGCGCCACUACACUCACGAACAGCCAUUCCACGACCACAAUUCACACGCUCAAUACCACAAUCACGAUGCCUAUCUGCUACUGCGAGACGGACGCAAGAACACGAGAUCGACCUCGAAUCCCUCGAGCCGACACCCAUCUUCCACCUUAACGAAGUAGAGCACGCGAUGAAGGAGUCAGUGGCACAGUUUGCGAACGGCGUGAUCCUUCCAAAGGUGCGAGACAUGGACGAGGCAGAGAGUAUGGACCCCGCGAUCGUCGAGCAGCUAUUCGAGCAAGGUCUCAUGGGUAUCGAGAUUCCGGAGAAGUAUGGUGGUGCGGGCAUGAACUUCACAGCUGCAAUCGUCGGCAUUGAAGAGCUUGCAAGAGUAGACCCGAGCGUCAGUGUCUUGUGCGACGUCCAUAACACCUUGGUCAAUACUGCCAUGCUCAAGUACGGCUCUGAGGAGAGCAAGAAGAAAUGGCUGCCACGGCUAGCAACGGAGACUGUUGGCUCUUUCUGUCUCUCCGAGCCUGCAUCUGGAUCUGAUGCAUUCGCUAUGAAGACCAAAGCCGAGAAGACAUCCGACGGCUACGUGAUCAAUGGCAGCAAGAUGUGGAUCACCAAUUCCAUGGAAGCCGGUUUCUUCAUCGUUUUCGCAAACCUGAACCCCGAAAAGGGCUACAAAGGCAUCACUGCAUUCAUUGUUGACAAGGAGAACCCAGGUCUGACUAUAGCUAAGAAGGAGAAGAAGCUCGGCAUCAAAGCCUCGUCAACGUGCGUGCUGAACUUCGAUGAUUGUCAAGUACCCGCAGGAAAUCUUCUGGGCAAGGAGGGCGAUGGCUAUAAGUACGCAAUUGGUCUGCUAAACGAGGGCCGCAUUGGAAUUGCAGCGCAAAUGACCGGCCUUGCCAUCGGUGCCUUCGAGAACGCAGCCAAGUAUGUGUGGAACGACCGCAAACAGUUCGGCGCCUUGGUGGGAGAAUUCCAGGGUAUGCAACAUCAGAUUGCUCAAGCUUGGACCGAGAUCACCGCUGCACGAGCACUAGUGUACAAUGCUGCACGUAAGAAAGAGGCUGGCCAAGACUUCGUCAUGGACGCUGCCAUGGCCAAGCUCUUCGCGUCAAAUGUUGCUGGUAAGGUAUCUGGCCAAGCAAUCGAGUGGAUGGGUGGAAUGGGCUUUGUCCGUGAAGGCCUUGCUGAAAAGUACUGGCGUGACAGCAAGAUCGGUCAAAUCUACGAAGGAACAAGCAACAUCCAAUUAACGACCAUCGCGAAGCUGCUGCAAAAACAGUACACGCAGUAAAGAGGUCGCGAUUCGCAUGUGAUUAUUCAGCCUCGAUGUACUUCUAUUUACGAUCGACAAAGGAUAUCGCAUCUCGCCGCGAAAGAGCAGAGUUUCAG